AUGAACGAACUUCCCCACCAGAUUCUGGAACAUCCGGCUGAACCCGGAUGGAAGGUGGAUUUUGAUGCCUUUUUGGAAACGCAUCCCGAUCUCGACACUCUUGAAGUGGUUCUGCCCGAUACCAACGGUGUGCUCCGCGGCAAGUGGUUGCCGGGCAAGGCACUGAAGAAGGUUUUCGAACAGGGCGUUGCCUUUCCCUAUUCGCUGUUCGGUCUCGAUGUCUGGGGGCGGGAAGUGGAAUCGACCGGGAUGCACCUGGAGACCGGCGACAAGGACGGCGUUUGCUGGCCGAUCCCGGAAUCCCUGAAACUGGUGCCAUGGACGGAGCGCAAGACGGCGCAGGUCCUCCUGUCGAUGUACGAUCGCGACGGACAACCGUUUCCGGCCGAUCCGCGCCACGUUCUGGAAAACAUGGUCGAACGGCUGAAGUCUGAAUUCGGCGUGACCGCGACCUGUGCUUUCGAACUCGAAUUCUACCUGUUUGAGGAAAGCGAAGGAGAUUGGACCGAGCAGCCCAGGCCGCUGUUCUCGACGCAUCUAGGCCCGGCACGGCAAAACAUGUACGCCCUGUCGGAUCUGGAAGCGCUUCUGCCGGUCGUCGACGAUCUUCGCAAGGCCUGCGAGGCUCAGGGGAUCCCGGCGGACGCAGCGGUUUCGGAAGCCGCGCCCGGUCAGUUCGAGCUCAAUCUGCAUCACCGGCAAAACCCGCUUUUGGCCGCCGACGACGUGGUGUUGCUCAAGCGUCUGGUUGCGGGUGUUGCACGCAAGCACGAACUCAAGGCAUCUUUCAUGGCCAAGCCAUUCGUGGAAUGGCCGGGAAAUGGCAUGCAUGUGCAUGUUUCCAUGGAAGAUGAAAAAGGCAACCUUUUCGCGGAUCCGGACAAGGGGCCGGAGCGUCUUGGUUAUGCCAUCAACGGCCUGAUGAAGACCAUGCCCGAAGCAUUGCUUCUGUUCAUCUCCACCUUCAACGGGUUCCGCCGCAUGCAGCCGGGCUCCUAUGCCCCGGCCUCGAUCUGCUGGGGGUAUGACAACCGGUCCGUCGCGCUGCGCGUUCCUGCCUCGAGCCCGGAGGCCGCGCGUGUAGAACACCGGAUCGCGGGCGCGGAUGCGAACCCGUAUCUGGUGCUGACCGGGAUCCUGGCCGGCAUGCUGGAAGGCCUCGUGCAGAAGAAGGAACCACCGGCACCGGUCACGGGAAAUGCCUAUGAGAAACGAAAGAAACGGCUGACGCCCUGGAUGGACGAAGCUAUCGACGCUUUUGAGGCAUCAAAGCUGAUGAAAAGGGCAGUCGGUCCGGAAAUGCACAAGGUGCUGACCGAGAUCAAACGGGAGGAAUUGAACGAAUUCGGGCGGGAGAUUUCCUCCCUGGAGCGUCAGACCUAUCUUUGA